AUGGUGUUUCUCUCUGGAAAUGCCUCGGACAGCUCCAACUGCACCCACCCGCCGCCACCGGUGAACAUUUCCAAGGCCAUUCUGCUCGGGGUGAUCUUGGGGGGCCUCAUCCUUUUCGGGGUACUGGGGAACAUCCUUGUGAUCCUUUCCGUGGCCUGCCACCGGCAUCUGCACUCGGUCACUCACUACUACAUCGUCAACCUGGCGGUGGCCGACCUUCUACUCACUUCCACGGUGCUGCCCUUCUCCGCAAUCUUCGAGAUCUUGGGCUACUGGGCCUUUGGCAGGGUCUUCUGCAAUAUCUGGGCGGCGGUGGACGUCCUGUGCUGCACUGCGUCCAUCAUGGGACUCUGCAUCAUCUCCAUCGACCGCUACAUCGGCGUGAGCUACCCGCUGCGCUACCCCACAAUCGUCACGCAGAAGAGGGGUCUCAUGGCUCUGCUCUGCGUCUGGGCGCUCUCCCUGGUCAUCUCCAUCGGGCCUCUGUUCGGCUGGAGGCAGCCGGCCCCCGAGGACGAGACCAUCUGCCAGAUCAAUGAGGAGCCGGGCUACGUGCUCUUCUCCGCGCUCGGCUCCUUCUACGUGCCACUGACCAUCAUCCUCGUCAUGUACUGCCGGGUCUACGUGGUGGCCAAGAGGGAGAGCCGGGGCCUCAAGUCCGGCCUCAAGACCGACAAGUCGGACUCGGAGCAGGUGACGCUCCGCAUCCAUCGCAAAAAUGCCCCGGUAGGAGGCAGGGGGGUGCCCAGCGCCAAGAACAAGACACACUUCUCCGUGAGACUCCUCAAGUUUUCCCGGGAGAAGAAAGCGGCCAAAACACUGGGUAUCGUGGUCGGCUGCUUCGUCCUCUGCUGGCUGCCUUUUUUCUUAGUGAUGCCCAUUGGGUCUUUCUUUCCCGAUUUCAGGCCCUCAGAAACAGUUUUUAAAAUAGCAUUUUGGCUCGGAUACCUAAACAGCUGCAUCAACCCCAUUAUAUACCCAUGCUUCAGUCAAGAGUUUAAAAAGGCCUUUCAGAAUGUCUUGAGAAUCCAGUGUCUGAGCCGAAAGCGGUCUUCCAAACAUGCCCUGGGCUAUACUCUGCACCCACCCAGCCAUGCCCUGGAGGGACAGCACAAGGACUUGGUGCGCAUUCCAGUGGGAUCCGGAGAGACCUUCUAUAAGAUCUCCAAGACGGAUGGGGUCUGUGAAUGGAAAUUUUUCUCUUCCCUGCCCCGUGGAUCUGCCAGGAUUACAGUGCCCAAAGACCAAUCAGCCUGCACCACUGCCCGGGUGAGAAGUAAAAGCUUUUUGCAGGUCUGCUGCUGCACGGGGCCCUCGACACCCAGCCAUGGAGAGAAUCAUCAAAUUCCAACCAUUAAGAUCCAUACCAUCUCCCUCAGUGAGAAUGGGGAGGAAGUCUAG